UAACAAACAUAUCUCUCCCUCAAUCAGUCAAUCUAUAUAUCAUUAUAUAUAUUCACUAGAUAUAGAAUGGCCGCCAACUUGCAGCGUCGUGGAAUUGCCAGCCUGUACAAGAGGCUUCAUAGCUGCUGCGGCGGCGGCACAAUCACCCCUUACGCCGCCUUCUUUCCUGCUAGAAGAGCUGUGCAUGUAUCUAUGUAUGACAAGAAUAUGGAAGAACAUGUUCAACAACAUCCUACAACUGUCCCGGAUGAAUCUAGCAACUCCUGGUGGGCUCCUCAUCCUCAGACCGGAGUUUUCGGGCCAUCCACUCAUCACAAUAAUCAUGUUGCUGCUCCUGGUGGUGGUGAUUUCCACCCAGGCGCCGGUCAGUCUGUCUUAGAGCUGCAAGCCUUCUUCCGCCCCCUUGAGGAUUUGGAGAAACCACCCUACUCUGGGUUCUGAAGGAUACAGUCAAAUUUAGUCCCAAUUGUAUAUGGACGAAUUAAUAAUUAUACUCCGUAUGUAGUAGUAGGAUUUCCUGUGCUAUGCAGUAGUAACCCUUUCUAUAUGCAUGUCCUGAUGGCCAGGCCUACUUAUGUUCUCUACCUGUAUAUUGGUUAAACUUGGUCCAAAAUAGGACGGCUCAUAGGAUUUUAGAAAAGUUACAAAAGAACACUCAAGCAGAAAUCAAUAAAGUAUUACGAAUAAGGAAAGUAGCUAAGCGAAUUUGGUUGCCAGAAAUACCCACACAGAAAUGUAGAAAUAAAGUAUUAAGUUGUCC